GCAAAAUCGAAAGCAAAACGUCAAAAUUCUUUGUCAAUAGAAUAAUAAUGAUAUCAACAGCUGUUUUUGUAUUUUUUUAUUUAUUGAUUACGUGGUAAAUAUUCAAUUUUAAGGUAGAAUAGUAUUAUUUAAACAGGUCAUGAGAAUUUAUAUUAGUUUUAGUGUUGUAUUUAAAAAUGAAACAAAGGCAGUUUUCAUUAAUAAUGUUAUCCAGAACGCGAUUGACACACAACGGGGAUGACCUGAUCUCCAAUAUGAACGGUGUAAGAGAUGACAAGGAAUUUCAAAGCGAGAUUCAAUUAUACAGGAUAAAGCCCCAGGAUCAUUUCAUAGAGGCCCAAGUUCAAGUAGGCGAUACACUACAGGCUAUCGCGCUACGAUUUCAUUGUUCUAUUUCAGAAUUAAAAAGGAUUAACCAAAUACAUAAAGACAAUGAAAUAUUUGCAAGAAGAACAAUUAAAGUUCCCGUUACACCUUACUCGGUACUCACAGAAAUGAUUCCUGCAUCUCAGCCUCAACCACCUUUACCAUCUACAUCUAACCAAGUAUCUACCAGCCUCAGUAUGCAUAAUAUGCUUUACCAUCCUGUAGAAAAUAAUUCACCCCAGAAACAUAACAAUAAUAUUCAAAAUGGCAUUGAAACAAAGGAAACUGACUUUGCAAUUGAUUGCAAUACUGUUGUUAUGAAUAGCUCUCUGGCUCCAUCCGUCACUCCAUAUACAGAUACAGAACAAAAUGAGUCUAUAUCAGAGGACACCCAGCUCUUGCCUAGUAAGACUAAGGUUCCUGUCGAAGCUGUGGUAGUGAAAGAAUUGACAUCUCACGGUGCAGAUUUUGGGUUAAAGUGGUAUCAUCUUGUUUGCUGCUUACUUAUUCUUGGUGUUCUGACACCACUAUUGUAUGUCAUGUUUUAUCUAGACAAACAUGAACAUUCAGACAUACUACCAUUGCAUCCGACAAGAUGAAAUAUUGGUAGGUUUGAUCUGAUCAUAAAGCUUUAAGUUUCGGCGAUAUUUUGAUACAUAUUUUUUAAAAUGUGUAUUAUAUAUUUUUCAUAAAUUUAAGGGGACAUAAUGUGAUUCUUAAAUAUAGUUAUAAUAUAAGCA